GGCGCGACUGGCGCGACUGUCACAUGCGUCGCUGCUUUCGUACUUUGCGGACUCUACAACCGUGUUACUCCUCCUUUGUUUGUGAACGUGUUUUCUCUACGAGACGAGGUUGUAGUUGUAGAAGAAACUCUAACAUGGUCACGUAUGCCGAGGGGUCCUAUCGGGACGUUGUGACUAGAGUUGCUCUCGACCGACACUUAGCAAGUGAUUUUGAGCGAUAUUGCUCAUUAAACAGUCCUAAUUUUUCGCUCGUGAACAGAAGUGGGGAGGGCUACAGCUCAGCCACAAGGUGAAACUCGCAGAUCUGCACGCUUAUGACUCUGGAGAAUUGUUCAAAAUGUCUUCAUUACUCAAGGCAAAGAUGUUGUGCACAAAGACGAGUUAGAAAGCCUUGAUUGGGACGGCUUAGAGACAUUUUACCUGACUUCUAGUCUUAAAGUAAAGUUUGUACUGCAAGAGGCUAACAUCUACGAAUGUGUCAAAGAAGCUCCUACUUAUACAACAGACAUAGAAACAUGCCCUGUUGGACUAUUUCGUGGAAAGCUGUUGGUAACUAUGUAUCCUAUAGCUAGUGAAUUGCUACAAAAGACAGUAGAGCAAACAGCAUCGGUUGGUGUUCCUCCAGUACAUAUUGGGGAUCCUACUGACAUCGGUAUCUUAGACUUGCAAGCUUCUUACAGUGGCUCAACGACAUUGCUGAAUAAUGGUGACAUUCCUGUAUUCUGGCCAAGCCUAAUGACAAUUCAAGAGGCUGUGCAACGUGCAGGACCUGCUCUAGCGUAUGUUGGAUCAACUGCAAGUGACUUUUCAUUAGCUAUGCCUGUUAAUGAAAGUAGCCACAAGAUACAUCUAUCCAUGCUUCACAAGGAAGGUCAGCCAUUCUGUGCUAGUGUUGUAUCUCAGUCUUCAGUUAAAGCAGUCAAUAACCUUGAAGACUGCCUCAUAACUGGGUCAUGGAGAAAGGGAGUAAAGGAGUUACAGUCUUUCACUCGUGGAAAUCUUCUGCAAGCUGCUGUUAGUCUGAGCCACUCUAAGCAUGUUGCUGUGACAACUGGUUUUCCUUGCCUCACACAUCUCUCUCCUCCAGAUGAAACUGAUGGUCCGCCUGGCAUACUGGCUAUUGUUCGCUCUUUGAUAGCAUGUGGCAAACAAGUAACUGUUAUUGUUGAUCAUAAGAACUCUUUUCUAAGACAAACGAUUGAGGAAGCUCUCAAGAAGUUUGUUCCACACUCACAGGAUGUCAUCGUGGUGCCGUAUCCUCCAUCUAGUGUAGAUGAGUGUGACACGGAUACAGCUAGAAAAUUCUUGUUUGAUCAGUCCACUGGUAAGGCUACAUUUGAUCAUUUAGUGGCUCUUGAAAGAACAGGACCAAAUUAUGAGGGACGGUACAUGACGAUGACUGCCAAAGAUAUAUCGCGACUUUGUGAUCCUGUUGACCAGUUGUUCACUUUAUCGAGUCAAGAAAUCAUUAAGACUGUUGCUGUAGGUGAUGGUGGCAAUGAGGUCGGCUUCGGCAAACUUCGCUCUGAAGUUGGACAGUUUGUUGAUUUGGGUGACCAGAUCGCAUGUGUUGUGCCCGCAGACCACCUGAUUGUUAGCGGAGUGUCUAACUGGGGAGGAUAUGCCUUAGCAGCUGCACUAUGUUGUCUCAGACGAUGUCCAUUGCAUGCUCCUUAUGUCAACAGAGGGAUUGGAGGCAAAGAUGUCCAAACGUCUGAGUUUAUGCCAUCAGCAAAUGAGGAGAGAGACCUACUAGCUUUCUUAAUGAAGGCCGGUAUGAGGGAUGGUAUUCUGCCUGACCAGAUGAUGUCAGUUGACGGCAAAUCAUUUGAUGAUUAUCAUGCCGCUAAAAUCAGAGAAAUCUGGAAAAUUGCAGAUGGAGACUAAUCAGUCUUAGUAGAUGCACUCUCCGUGUGGCUAUUUUUGAUGUGAUAGACUAAUUGGCACUUGACUCCUUUCUAGUCUACUACAUUCAUGUCAAUUUCAAUGUAGUUUAAACCUUCCGUCUCAUGUUGAUGGGCCUUCAUUGGUUGCUGUUUUGUUGAAUACAUGCAGUUAGAACAGCUAAU